AUGCUGUCAUCUGAAACGUACGCAUAUUAUCGUUUCCGUCGAGCAGCCGCAGCGCCCUCCGCCCGAUCGUUCGUGGCGUGCACGAUAGGCGUCCAGGGCGUCCUCCGUUCGGCGUAUCCUCUGGAUGAGCAACUGUGCGACGAGUACAUCUUUACCGAGGUGGUGGUGGACGACAGUGGCUUCUGGUCGCGCACCAGCAACGAGGCGUUCAAGCUUUUCAAGGCGGUGGCGUCUGAGCGGCGGCGUAGCAACAGUCAAGAGGAGCGGUUCUGCCUUUCACUGUACGACAAUUUCGUGGCACACGACAUGGCCUUCCCUGCGGUGGCGUUUUCGGCGAAUGCAGUUGACAUGUACACGAACAGCGGCAUCUCCUGCUAUGGCCUGCUCAACCAGGUGCACAGCAUCAGCGCACUGGCUGGCUUGGACGUGCUGCGCCAAUCGCUCACGCUCCUGCCCGACACUUGCCUCAGCCGCUUCGCAAGGCCCAUACCACCACCAGGACCUCCAGCCCCGCUGUCUUCGCAGUCCGCCUUCAAUCCAGUAAGCCAUGGCCUCGGAUUCCUCCGGUCAAGCACCGUCAUCAUCGCCACCACACCGUGA